AUGGUGAAAAUACUCCAGAGCCUCGUCACUGGACAGAUCUUUGCGAAGGAGACCUGGAAGGAGGCAGCAGCUGUAGCCGCUCCUACUGUGAAUGUCACUCUUCGCCGGGCAGUGCAUGGCUUCUAUCAGCUGCUCCUGUCCAUCAUCGUUCUGGGGCUCAUCUGUGCUCUUGAUCUCGUGUCCUGGUCCGAGAGCAUCUACGACAGCCGGCGGCACAUUCCAAGGCACUGCGGGCGCAUGCAGCACGACCGGGAAGGGAAGGGCAUUCUGCCGGAUAUCGCAUACGGGAGGGAGAGAAGACGCUAUGCCGUGGUGACGCUGCUGACGACGUCCAGCUACGUGAAGCAGGCGGAGGUGCUGGGAAAGUCACUCCUUGUCUACUCCCACCUGCCCUGCAGCGUCGACAUGGUUGUGCUGAUCCUGCCGAGGUCGGACGUGACCCACCAGGAUGUCGAGCUGCUGUCGCAGGCGGGGUGGAUGGUGGAGACCAUCCCGAGGCUAGCCGCGCCCGAACGCAUCAACAGCAGCACUGUGAAGCACGCGAGGUAUAUCCCGCUGGUCUCCAAGCUCGUCCUCUUCAACAUGACCCGCUACGACGGCAUGCUCUACCUUGACUCCGACACGCUGGUGCUCGGAGGCAUCGCUGAGCUCUUCAGCCGCCACCUGCCGGAGAUGCGGCGCCGAGGGCUGAACCUGGGAUGGGUGAGGGACCAGGGCGAGCAGUUCAGGGCCCGUUCGUUCAACGCCGGCGUCAUGCUCGUCGCCCCGUCCAAGCGCGUGUUCGGCCGGCUGAUGCGGUUCCUGCACGAGGGAGCGUUCGAGGUCUCGUUCGCAGAGCAGGGGCUACUGAACGCUUUCUUCGGUCACCACAGCUACGAGCUGGACCAGCGAUUCAACCUCCUCACCACCGUCCCGCGAGAGAAUCGAACGCUCUACGAGAGUAUCAAGCAUGACGUGCGCAUCUUUCACUCCACCUACUUCAAGCCCACCUGCUCCUUUUACCUCGUGCGAUGCUUCUGGCAUGGAACGCACGACUUCUGCCGCGAGUGGCAGCGGCUUGAGGCCCUGCAGGUGAAGGUCUGA